AUGAUGGAGAACCCGCUGCACUCGUCGACGCUGCCCAAGGCCGGCGGCCUGCGCAAGUCCAGCUCCACACGCAGCCUGGCGUCGCUGGCCGACGUGCAGGCGCUGAUCCUGGCGCAGGACGAGGACGAGCAGGCGCAGCAGCGCAGCAAGGCGCUGCAGAAGCCGCCGCGCCACGCCAGCGUGCCCAUGUACGCGCAGAUCCUGCUGCAGCUGUGGCAGCGCGAGCUGCAGCGCAACGACGUGGGGCUCACGAGCGACUUCUUCUACGACCUCCACGGCACGGAGGAGCAGGGCGCGCAGCUCGUCGGCCGCAUGCAGGCGCUCGGCUUCAACAUCACGGUGCCGCAGUUCUUGUCCAUGCACCGCUGCUCCAUCUACUCGGUGCUGCUGGUGGCGUUGUGA